AUGCAGGAGUCUGUCAUACAAUGGCCACUUGGUUUAGACCUCAAGGAUCUGGCUGGCGCAGGCGUUACGGCGAUUGUCGCGCGUCUUGAUGCCGUUGUCAAGUUCUUCGGGCCGUUAGAAUCGCGCUUCUUCGAACGGGAGAAGCUCAUCUAUCAGCGUCUUGGUCGCGACCACAGCGGCAUCGUUCGAUAUUUUGGCGCCUUGGAAAAUUCUCUUAUCUUGCAGUUUGCGAGCCAGACAUCUAUUAGGCAAUACGUUGCAAGGCAGAAACAGGUUCCACUUUCUCUCAGGCUUCGUUGGGUUGAACAACUUUUCGAUGCCGUGCGGUUUAUCCAUUCAAGGAGCGUGCUCCAUGGCGACAUAUCGUGCAAUAAUGUUUUCCUCGACGACAAUCUCGAUGUGAAGCUUGGUGAUUUCGCCGGCUCAGCUAUUGACGACCUUCCACCACUCGUCUGUUAUGAGACCAGUCACGAACUUCCUGGCGAAGAUAUCUCAACGAGGACCGAACUCUUUGCCCUCGGUUCUACCGUUUAUGAGAUAAUAACUGGCUCGAAGCCAUACAAGGAUCUACCUGAUCACGAAGUAUCUGCUGCUUUCUCUGAGGGUCGCUAUCCUAAUCUAGAAUCUGUCCCUGCAUUCAGGAACACGAUUAUGAGAUGUUGGAGGCAGAGUUAUGCGACCGCAGAAGAAGCCCUUCGAGAUAUAAAAUUAGAGGUCGCUACCAUUAAAGAGACGUAA